CCACGCAUGAUAACGAUGGGACAUCGGAUGACGUCACAGGAGAGCGAUACAAAGAGCAGAACGAUGUUGGCGAGAUCGAAGGUUCUUGGGGGACGCUGCGGCCUCAAUGGCCGACUUCGAUGUCUCUCCUCGGCCGUCACGAAGGACAAGAGAUAUGAUGCCAUUGUUAUUGGCGGCGGUCACAAUGGACUUGUCGCAGCUUUUUACUUGGCAAAAGCGGGAAAGCGAGUGUGCGUACUGGAAAGACGCCAUAUUCUUGGAGGAGCAGCAGUCACCGAAGAGAUUAUCCCUGGGUAUAAAUUUUCCAGAGCAUCAUAUGUUCUUGGAUUAUUGAGGCCAACCGUGUAUGAAGACUUGGAAUUAAAGCGCCGCGGUUUAAAGGUGCAUCCUCGAGAUCCAAGCUCGUAUACACCGCUGCAUGAGAAGUACUGGCAGAGUGCACGUGCAAGGUCUCUGACACUUGGACCACAUCAGUCUCAGAAUUACCAGCAGAUUGCACAGUUCUCAGAAAAGGAUGCUCAGGCUUUUCCUCGGUUUGAAUCACAACUGAACAAAUUUGCAGAAGCACUUGAUCCUCUUCUGGAUUCUAUUCCUCCGGACUAUAACAAGUUAUUCUCAGCAAGUUUUGCAGAAAAAAUGAAACAGAUUUCCACUGUAAAACCACUUAUAAAGACUGCCUCAAUAUUAGGGAAAGAUUUUCCUAAAUUUUAUGAGCUGGUGACGGCACCCGCAACCAAGAUCCUCGACCAGUGGUUAGAGUCUGAGCCGCUGAAGGCCACAUUAGCCACAGACAGUGUCAUUGGCACUAUGAUGAGCCCAAAUACCCCUGGAAGUGGGUAUGUGCUAUUACAUCACGUGAUGGCUCAAGUAUCUGGUGUGCGAGGUGCUUGGGGUUAUCCCGAAGGAGGCAUGGGAGCCGUCACUCAAGCCAUGGCUCAAGCAGCCACUGAAGCUGGGGCACAACUCUACACUAACCAGCAAGUGAAGUGUAUACUGCUAGGUAACAACAACGAAGCUCGUGGGGUUGAGACGGAGGAAGGCUCUCAACUUUAUGCUCGGACAGUACUUUCAAAUGCAACUGCAAACACAACUUUCCUGAAACUACUUCCAAAUGGCUCAUUAACUCCAGAAUUUGAAGCAGCUGUUAAGAGUAUUGACUAUUCAUCCCCUGUUUGUAAAAUUAAUGUUGCUCUGAAGUCCCUGCCCAACUUCAGAGCUAACCCCAAUAAUAGUGAGAACACAGCCAUGCCGCAUCACCGCUGCACCAUCCACUUCAACUGUGAGAAAACGGAGCUCUUGCAUGAAGCUUACUUGCAGGCUUCUGCUGGUCAUAUAUCAGAUAACCCUAUGGUAGAGAUGACGCUUCCAAGCAGCUGUGACCCUACCUUAGCGCCUCCCGGAUGCCAUGUGGCCCUGUUCUUCACUCAGUAUGUUCCCUACACUCUUGCCGAUGGCCGACCUUGGGACGAGGCUACCAAAUCAGAAUAUGCUAACAAGAUUUUCAGUUUAGUGGAAGAAUAUGCACCAGGUUUUAAGGAGAGCAUAGUGGGUUAUGAGGUCCUGCCGCCACCUGACCUGGAGCGAGUGUUUGGGCUUACUGGAGGAAAUAUUUUCCAUGGUGCUAUGUCUCUGGAUCAGCUGUACAUGUGCCGACCGUCAUCCCUGCAGGCAGGCGCAGCUACACCCAUCCCUGGCCUGCUCUUGUGUGGGUCUGGGGCACACCCAGGUGGGGGGGUAAUGGGAGCGCCGGGUCGUCUCGCUGCUCUUACUGCGUUAAGCUCAUAAGCUCAUAAUCUACUUGUCUUGGCCUUUGUCAUAAUUGCAUUCAAAACAAAUGACAGUAAGAGUGAAGCAACUUUGUUGUUUAUGAUUUGAUUUAACUUCAAAAUAAACACUAAACAUUCUAAUAAAUACAAUAAUUCCGAAGAGCAACAAAAAGUAAAUACAGUAUACUGUAUCUAUAAAAAAUUUAGGUUGUGCCAAAAUGAUUUAUUAAUGCAGUACAGUAGUAUUGAUGAUAAUAAAUGCAGCAAUAUGACUGGAGUCAUUUGUGGGAGUAGAGUAUAAGAUAAACCAUAAUUGUGGUAGAGUAUGGUGCAGGCGAUAAGUCACAAUAACGUGGCUAAAGUAUGUUGACCAGACCACACACUAGAAGGUGAAGGGACGACGACGUUUCGGUCCGUCCUGGACCAUUCUCAAGUCGACUUGAGAAUGGUCCAGGACGGACCGAAACGUGGUCGUCCCUUCACCUUGUAGUGUGUGGUCUGGUCAACGUAGAGUAUGGUGUAUGAGUACAAGCAGUAUAGUAGUGGAAAUGGUAGCAGGUUAUUCAUCCAUGGUCAGAGUGAUUCAGUCAACUCGUUCAUGUGCAGAUACAGUACAGUACAGUUAUUCAAAUCUUAUCUUAAUCUUUCUGAAAUAUAUUGUAAUAGUUUGAAAGAGUGAAUACUAUACUAAUAUGAGUAUUUUUAUAUUAAUGGACAUAUUUUCCUGGUCUAAAGUGUGUAAAUGUGUGUUAAUUCAAAUAACCUAUUUGUCUAUAUAUACUCUCUUUUAUUAUGCUCUCUGUUAUUAUGCUCUCUGUUAUUAUGCUCUCUGUUAUAUAUACUCUCCCUAUUUGUCUAUAUAUAUUAGCAUUAUACUCUCUAGUGGGAAACUGCAGCAGCUCUCAAUUUAAGUUUAGUUUCUGCUACUGAUACAUUUUUACAUUUAAAAUUAAAUAUGAAUACAGUUUAUAUAUAUAUUUAGAAGAGGAAAUAAAACUAGUAUAGUAUCUAUAAAUAUAGUAUCUAUAGAAAUAGUAUCUAUAAAAAUAAAUAAUAACCAAAAUAACAAAGAAAAUAAUUAUUCCUGAUUUCAUGGGUUUGGGAGGCACUUGCCCGUAAAAUAAAAUGAAUAAUCCACCUGUAUUAAACUUCUAAACUCAAUUCGCUUAAUGCAGUCUAAAAUUUUCUCAACUGGUCUUUAUUGUUCAGACAGAUUUUGCUCACUAAUUCAGAUAUGGAGUAGACCCCUAUUCUGAGUCAAACUUACAUUUCAUAUUAUCACCGACUUUAUUGAUUAUUUCGGUAUUGGCGAGUGAUGGUCUGUUCGCGUGUAUUCGUUGAGAUAUCCUUGUUGUUCAUGAAUAGUCAGGCAGCUUAUAAGAGAUGGUAAUGUCUUGCCUAUAUAAUGAGAUCGUUGGGGCCAACAGUUCGUAAUACAGUUGGCUUCAUUCUCGAAUCGCAAUGGGAAUCCCAGAUUUGAUUCCCAGGCAGGGCAGAAAUAGUUGGGCACGUUUCCUCUUGCCUAAUGUCUUUGUUCACUUAGCAACACACGGUAAGCAGUAAAUAGGUAUCUGGGAGUGUUAGGCAACUGUUGGGGGUUGCAUCUUAGGAAAGGUCAAUAGUUUAACCUUAAGGGGAAACCUCGAUACAAGCCUAAAGUAUGUAUAGUACACAGGCUUCCUGUCCCUGACAACAGAAAUUAUUAAUGUUUAAAGACAAUGAUAUUUGUUUCUUACCAGGCAUUUGGUGUCAGGAGAGUUUUUUCAUAAGUUGGCUGUCAUCUUACUGGUGUAGUAUAUGGUGAGCUGUAUCUUGUGGUUAGUAUUGGUAGAGUUAAUGUUGCUCCCGGUUAUGUCUUCUUACUGGUGUAGUAUAUGGUGAGCUGUAUCUUGUGGUUAGUAUUGGUAGAGUUAAUGUUGCUCCCGGUUAUGUCAUCUUACUGGUGUAGUAUAUGGUGAGCUGUAUCUUGUGGUUAGUAUUGGUAGAGUUAAUGUUGCUCCCGGUUAUGUCAUCUUACUGGUGUAGUAUAUGGUGAGCUGUAUCUUGUGGUUAGUAUUGGUAGAGUUAAUGUUGCUCCCGGUUAUGUCAUCUUACUGGUGUAGUAUAUGGUGAGCUGUAUCUUGUGGUUAGUAUUGGUAGAGUUAAUGUUGCUCCCGGUUAUGUCUUCUUACUGGUGUAGUAUAUGGUGAGCUGUAUCUUGUGGUUAGUAUUGGUAGAGUUAAUGUUGCUCCCGGUUAUGUCAUCUUACUGGUGUAGUAUAUGGUGAGCUGUAUCUUGUGGUUAGUAUUGGUAGAGUUAAUGUUGCUCCCGGUUAUGUCAUCUUACUGGUGUAGUAUAUGGUGAGCUGUAUCUUGUGGUUAGUAUUGGUAGAGUUAAUGUUGCUCCCGGUUAUGUCAUCUUACUGGUGUAGUAUAUGGUGAGCUGUAUCUUGUGGUUAGUAUUGGUAGAGUUAAUGUUGCUCCCGGUUAUGUCUUACUGGUGUAGUAUAUGGUGAGAUGUAUCUAGUGGUUAGUAUUGGUAGAGUUAAUGUUGCUCCCGGUUAUGUCAUCUUACUGGUGUAGUAUAUGGUGAGCUGUAUCUUGUGGUUAGUAUUGGUAGAGUUAAUGUUGCUCCCGGUUAUGUCUUUCAGGACAUUUUCCUCCAUUUUGUGGGCCACUGAAAAGAAAUUCUUGUAUUGUAGUUUAAUAAGUUUGAGCAGUUCUGUAGUGUAAUCAGAGAUAGCAUGACAGUUCACUUGCCUUUUUUGUGAUCUCUUGACAUAACCAUUUAAGUAUCCAUUGGGGGAUUCCUGGGCCAACCAUGGCGAUGGAUGGUGGUUCGCGCAGCAUUUCUUCCGUGGACAUUUCUGAUACCUUUGAGGGUUUUCAGGACCCAAUUGACCCUUGGCACGCAUUCCGGUCAUGACGUUUACCCUGUCAUGGAAGGGGAUCCCGAGGGUGUUUUUCUGGACAGUAAGCAUCAUAGUAAGGCUAAUAGAUUGGAGGCGAAACGUUGCCUGCUUCCUGUAGUGCCCUGUGACCCCCCACAACCUCUGUCUCCUCGCCCUCCACUCCCUCCUGGUCAAACUAGUUCUCCUGGCCUACGUACGUUCAUCAUCGCUUUUGAUGCCGAUACGCCCGCUGAUCGGACUGUUUUUGGAAAUGGUAGAGCACGCAGUUUUUUCUAUCGAGCCAUUCCCGAGUUCUUUAAGUUCAAGGUGCACGAUUUCAGGCCGAUUAAAUGCAGGAACUUAACAC